GCUUCCUAGCUCGGUCCACUUCUAUCACCUGAUAUAGAAGGCCCUAAAGGCCAAACUGGUUCUUUGUUGGUGCUAUGAUUAAAGUUGAUAAGUAUCAUCAUAAGUUCUUUCAAUCUUUUUCCUCUCGUUCUUCAAGCUGCUACACACCAGAGUUCUCAGUGUCCCUGGUAUCAACUCUGCUGCCAGUGGUGCUGGCUAUGCUAGCCACCAUUGCCUUCCUCUCGCACUCCUGCGUCUACUGGUCUCGCUGGGAGGACUUCCACAACAUGUACCUCGACUCCUUCAACAAGACAGAGAUUCCGCUGCUGCUGAUGUUCUUUGCGAUGGUGUUCCUGUCUGGUGUGGGUGCCUAUGUUCACCUCUACGUGAGGGAAGUCUACACCUUUGGCAUCUUCGUCACACUCGAGUUCUUCCAGGGGCUGUACACUCUGGUAGUGUACGUGUUCCUCAGCUGGCACACUCUGACCAGGAAACACAAGAAGUACGGGAUCGAUGACGAGGUGGAGCCAAUACUGCCGUCCCGGACAAGAGCGCCAUGACUACUGCUCCAUGCACAGUCUCACUAGCUCCACCAGACAACUCAACAUCAUGAGGAGGGAAGAUGAGGAGGGAGGGUGGCAGGAGGACCACCACCCACAGAGCAAAGAGGGGUCCUCCAACAGUGACGACGACAGCAGUGGAAGCACCGUCAGCAGUGGCGAGGGUGCCCCUCCAAUCCCGCUGUCUCUACGACCUGUCCCCAGCGAGGACCCGAGUCUUGAGGGAGACGACUCCCAGCUAGACGACCUCAUGUUCAUGCUCAAGACCCAGAACAUGCCAGAUGAAGACGAUGAUGACACAACUCCGUUCUUCCCCGAGAGCCCUCGCAAGCCGACCACCUCAGAACACUUGGAACUUAGACGAAUCUCUAUUGCAGACACCCACCUAUAGACAGUUCUACUAGCAUUGUAUAUAAUGCAUUGUACACAGUUUCCUACUACUUUUUAACUUGUGUGUGAUCGUCUGGGUGCACCUAUAGUGAGGGGUGCCCAUGCAGAAGAAGGCUUCCCCUUA